UUUGCUCUUUUCUAUGGAUGUUGUGAUUGUCCGUAGGUGGUAGACGGUAUCUGACUGUCGAACGCGGAGGUACCACCCGACGGAUUUCGUAGGCGGGGCCAGAAUGUGUGCAUGUUGCAUGCACACGUGUUCCCUCGCCAGAGUCCGUGUGGCGUUCCCCCUGACCCCUGUAUCCCCCUGUAGCCCCACAGCCUCUUCGUGGUAGUUGGAGUAUAAAAGAAAAG